AGUCUAACUUUCAGUAUAAUUAAAACUUUUUAUAAUAACUUAAUUUUCUAAAGUUUGUUGAAGUAACUUAUAAUUAAAUCGAGUAAUUCUUAUCAUAAGUAUUGAUUGUGCUGCUUUACUGUCUUUGAGGAAGUACCCACAUAAGCACCUGAAAAGGAUAGCUAAGCUCCGGCUUACUUGGAAAAUUCUCUGCUUUCUCAUUUCCCUGCUUCCUGGCCCCGGCCCGCAAGCCCCGCCUGCCCUGCCUAAAAUCCGGCCCUUGCCGGCUUUGCAAGUCAUCCUCAAUGCAGAUUGUAGAAAAAAGCUAACCCUGUUAAUCCUGUUAUGCCUUAUGGUUAUGUCCGAGCCACACCGUGAGCAAAAUAAAGUAUGUUUAUGAUUUCAGUAGCAACGCUUCGGCAGAGGACAUGAGGUCCGACCCUGUGAAACGUGCAAACUGCAGAUUAAAAUUCAAAACUCUGAGUUAACUUACUCGUUUGCAGAAGAGGUCAUUUCUUUAACAUUGAUUCGAAUAGGGAGAAGAUGAAUUUACAGGCAGAUUCUGUAGAAACCCCGCAAUCUGGUGGGGGAGAAGGUCAAGCUCCAGCAAUCAGCCCUCCGAAGCCAACAGAGGCAGAUAAACCAGUGGAAGCGCCAACUACACAACAAAUCGAAGCCUCAGCUAAUCAGGCGCAGGAAGUAACAAAACCCGUUGGCGAAGAAAUUAAACAAGCGGUUGCCCCAGCUACACAAAUAGAAGAAAGUAAGGUAUCUUCAAUAGAAGAGAGUAAAGAAUUGGCAAAGCCUGCGACAGUGGAACAAAAUAAAGAAGUCGUAUCGUCCUCUCUAGUAGAAGAUACUAAAAAAGAAGAACCGAUUAAACCUACAGUUGAAGAAACAACUAAAUCACCAGAGGUUAAUCCAGUUGUACCAGCUGUUGAUCAGAAUGCCAACAGUGUUGAUAAGAAUACGACAGAACUAAAAAAUGUGAACUGGCAGGAAAGAGAAUCGGAGCUUUUGAAGAAGAUUAAAGAAUUGGAGAGCGUGAAGAGUGAACGUGGCGAAGAAGGAUUGCAACUACAGUUAAAGGUUCGAGAAGAAGAAAUAGAUCUACUCAAAGCAAGAGUGAAGAACCUAGAGACAGAGCUGCAAGCCGCUUUAUCUAAGCCUGGCGGAAAGAACCAUGAAAUGAUUGAAAAAAUCAAGCAACAACAUGAAGAGCUCUUAAGCAAAGCCAAAGGUAUGAUCUUCGACAAGACCAAAAUGGUAAAGAAUCAAGAACUGCAAAUCGAAGCUUUGACGACACAAGUUCAGUCCCUAAAGGACAUUAAUUUGAUCACUAAGGACUUACUGGAGAUCAGAAAUUCAGAAGUAAAGGCUAUGGAGGACAUCAGCUUGAUGACAAAGGAUGUACUGCAGAUCAGAAAUUUAGAGAUUAAGGCUUUUCAGGUGAGAACUCAAACGAUUGAAGGAACCAUAAUAACAAUUAUGAGGAUUUUAAACCAUAUUUAUUUACGUCAUUUACUAUAAUUCAUUAAUCGUUUGCCACUGCAAAGAUUUGCUUUGUUGGACACAAGGAAAGGGCACCGCUGUGUUUAUUAAGUUACAAUAAGACAUACAAUAUUACAGUAAUAGAAAAAAAUCCUAAGUUUGUAAUGAAGUUAACCAACACGCGAAGGUAUAGGACUACCUACUCCUAAAUUGGAUGUGUCUUCUACUACUUAGACCAGUCAUGAUUGACAUAUUUAUUCACAGGAUCGACUGCAAGCGAUGGAAGCUCGAUUCAAAACGGAGAAAGAACGAUACGGACUGGUUCUUCAGCGGGCGCAGACCAGCUCCAACAUCAACGACGACCUAAAGAAAGAGUACGAGACACAACUAGCGAUAUUCAAGGAACUAAGAGAGAAAUAUGAGCAGAGGGUGAAGGCGUUAGUUGCAGAAAACGAAAAACUCAAGGAAUCCGUCAAAAGUGGCGCAGCGGCACCCUCAGCAUCCACAUAAAAGACUGCAUAGCAAAUAGUUUCUGUUAAAUAUCCUACGAAAUGCUUACUGUAUAUGUAUUUAUGGAGCAUUUUUUAUGUUUAUAAAUCAGACACUUUUUUUACUUUUGUAUUCAAGCCAUUUGGUAGUUUUAUAAUUAUUAAAUAAUUUUUGAAAGUUUUUGACACUGUUUUUCUUAUUAUUCUACUUAACGUGAAAAAAUACCUUACCGAC